GCCCUGAAACUCUCAAGAUCAAUGAGCAAAGAGCUUUCUCUCAGUUCUGUCUUUCAGUUUCUCUCUUCCAGGAAGGAAAACAUUCACGGAGAGGGGGAGAGAGCGAGAAAACCAGCCUUCAGAUCUCAAAACAUAACACCGGCAAAUUAAAUCAAACAUAUUCACACCUUCCUUCAAAGGAUAAAAAAACCCAGCAACCAAACAUCACAACAAAACUAUGCAGGCUGCCUCUCCUAGGGGCAGAUCUGCAGGAUCUUUGGGGUUAUUUGGAAAGAUGGUUGGAGUAACUUCUCCUUAAAUGAUUACGUCUGUCUGUGAAGGAUUUCUGGGUUAGGGAGAGGAAAGGAAAGUGGAAAAAAACGGAGAACUUCCUGAUCUCUCUCUCCUUUCCCCCCCUUUCUGUGAGACAUGUCUGAGGCUCCUGCUCAGUGUUGCAUCAAGUUUCAGGCUCUCCUGUUUAUGGAUGAGAUCCUAAAAACAUGACCUGAGCGCACCAGAAAGAAUCAAAAAGCAGAAGCAGGAAAGAAUUUCCUACACACCUCCAGCGAGCCCAGUAGUGAACUACCCUUCCUCAUCACCACUACAUGUCCCAGUGCCUCGAGCGAUCAGGAUGGAGGAAGACGCAAUCAGACUGCCGGCACACCUGCGCUUGCAGCCAGUUUACUGGAGCAGGGAUGAUGUGACCCAGUGGCUCAAGUGGGCAGAGAAGGAGUUUUCUCUGAGGCCAAUUGACAGCAACACUUUUGAGAUGAAUGGAAAAGCACUCCUGCUCCUGACCAAAGAGGACUUUCGAUACAGGUCUCCUCAUUCAGGUGACGUGCUGUAUGAACUUCUUCAGCAUAUCCUGAAGCAAAGGAAAGCACGCAUGCUAUUUUCACCUUUCUUCCACCCUGGGAACUCUAUCCAUGCUCAGCCAGAGGUCAUAUUACACCAGAACCACGAUGAAGGUGAUGGGACUGAGGUUCUGGGAAUACAGACCACUUGUCCAAGGUCACACAGGAAACUCUUUGGAGAGUUGGUAAUAGAACAGAGAUGUCCUAACCACCAAUUUCCUACUCUCAUAGACAACACUCCCUCCCUCUCAGACAACUUUGUCCAGAGACCUUCAAGACCAUCAGCAGAAACAGUCCAUCACAACCCCCCCACCAUUGAACUGUUGCAUCGUUCUAGAUCGCCUAUCACCACCAAUCACCGGCCGUCACCAGACCCUGAGCAGCGGUCGCUGAAGUCCCCAUUGGACAACACUAUCCGCCGCCUGUCACCAGCUGAUAGGGUCCCACCAAGGCAUCACCAAGAGAACAACCAUCAAGAGCCCUACCCUCUCUCAGUGUCUCCUAUAGAGAACAACCACUGCCCGCCUCCUCCUGAAGUACUUCAGAAGCCUGCCAGCCCCCGCCAAGAGAACACCAGGGUCAUCCAGCUGAUGCCCAGCCCCAUCAUGCACCCUUUGAUACUAAACCCCAGGCACUCUGUAGAAUUCAAACCAUCACGUUUGUCUGAGGAUGGGCUACACAGGGAGGUAAAGCCUAUCAAUUUGUCCCACCGGGAAGAGUUAGCAUACAUGAACCACAUAAUGGUGUCUGUCUCCCCUCCUGAGGAGCAUGCAAUGCCAAUUGGAAGGAUAGCAGACUGCAGGCUGCUUUGGGAUUACGUCUAUCAGCUGCUUUCUGACAGCCGGUACGAAAACUUCAUCCGAUGGGAGGACAAGGAAUCCAAAAUAUUUCGGAUAGUGGAUCCCAAUGGGCUGGCCCGGCUCUGGGGAAACCACAAGAACAGAACAAAUAUGACCUAUGAGAAAAUGUCCAGAGCCCUACGCCACUACUACAAACUAAAUAUCAUCCGGAAGGAGCCAGGACAAAGGCUUUUGUUCAGGUUCAUGAAGACCCCAGAUGAGAUUAUGAGUGGCCGAACAGACCGCCUUGAGCACCUUGAGUCCCAGGAACUGGAUGAACAAAUAUAUCAAGAGGAUGAGUGCUGAAGGAACCAACACACACCACCUCUGUGGGAGAAACGUCUGCCUGGAUGGCUGGAGGAGUUUGGGAGGGGGAACAAGAACACAGGAGGAGAAUAUGGGCUCAGUGCUUACCUUGAAGACCAUGCAGGACCCAAAGCACCUUAGUAAAAAUAAAAACUAGCAGAGGUGGUGGCGGCAGCAAGGUGGAAGAGAGAGAGCCUGGACUCAUGCACUACUCAGUUGUCCCUGACGAGUCUCCCUUGACUUGUUUUUAUUUUCCUUUUGUUGGUUUGUUUCAUUCUUUCCUAAUAAAUAUGCAGUUUGACUUUUCUUAAUUCAUAUAGGACAAGACACCAGGUUUUACUUUUUCAGAAGGCUUUCCUAUGGAAAUAAAUGGAGUGCUAUUAUUUUCUGUGCAAGUCUCACAACAUAACAUGGUAUCAAAACUAUGGUGACCAUGGCACAGAAGGGGUCACCCUGCUGGUUCCAUUGCCGAGAUCACAUUUGCUCAUGCUGGCACAAGGAACGUCUCAAACUACCAAGAAAAUUUACAUAUAUCCACACACCCACCUGCUAAUUGAAGAAAAAAAAAAGUCAUCUUUUGCUACAAGCCUGGGACACCUUACCAGCGUAUGUUGGCUGGCAGUGGGCUGCUAUUAACUGCUGGCACAUGGACCAAGUCAUCUAAGUGCUUGGGGGGAGGGGGAGGCAGGAAAACAAGAAAAACCUGAGACAAAACACAAUAGACCAAUGCUGGCUUUUGCCCUUUCUCUAGCAAAGAAGAUUUUGAAUAGAAGUGACAAACAAUGUGGACUUUCUGGUCCAAGUCUUCUAUGAAAAAGCAAGGGUUGAAAUAUUUGUGAUUACAAGUAGUUGCGAUUUCCACAGCAGCUAGCAGUUUUUGGGUAGAGGUGAAGGGCUGUUUUUACAUCUUAAGGGGAAGGAAAAAGGAUGAAGAUACAAUUGCUUAUAAUACUCAGAAGCCUCCCCAGGACAGCUGGCACUGCUGGAGAGAAAGUGAAAUCAGAAGCAUGAAGAUAUGUGGUAGACAACCAGAGACCAAAUAGCUAUACUGGUAUCCUGAAACUGGUUAUUUGAUGCCUCCCACUUCCUACCCCACUCCUCCCAAAGGCAGCUCUACCAGCCAGAGAUCACUACUCAACUUACCCAUUUUUAGCAUUGUUUAUUUAAAAAAAAAUAAGAACAACCUCAUUGCAUUCUUGUCCUUUUAAUUUUAAGAUAUUCUUGUUUUGGCAGUCCCAGUUUGGUGUGCAGCCUUUAGGGCAAGAGCAGCUUUGGCUGCUGCCUGCUACUGGAGGAACAGAGAACCUUGCCAAGAUUGCUGGCAAGGAUGGGCUCAGCAGGAGCAAUGGUCCUUUCAGCUGUAUGGACUUUUAUGUCGGAGACUGGAAAAAACUAUUACCCUUUGUAACUGUACAUUGGUUGGUCCCUGCAGAGAUGAGAAUCAGUGGUUUCAGGACAAAUGAUGGACCCAUCAUCAGCCAUCCCUUGAUAGUCAAGGAAAAAAAUCUAGCCGCAAAAUAUGCAUUUGGGAAAGGAGAAGAUAAAGUAAUUUUUCAACAAGGAGAUUGGAGUUUCUCUGCACAGGCAUCAUGUGAUGUCCAAAGGAAAGGAAGAUGUGUCUGUUCAUUAAUAAAAUCCCUUUUGUAGAUCAUAGGAGCCUGAAAUGGAAGAAAUCAAGGGAUCAUUAAAUCUAUCCUACCAAAAAGCCCAGAUACAAUACCUGAUCUUAACCAAACAUUGAACAGGAAUGUUGCUAUCCAGAAAGUUAGGUUAUGUUGCUAUCCAUUUGGUUAGGUGUGGUACCCUGUAUAUUUAAGUAACUAUAAUCCAGUUUCACUGCAAGGUGCACUGAGUGAUGUAUGGCAGAGUGAAGGGGUUUUUAAAUGGGCAUAGAGUGCCACAUCCUGGAAUGAGAACAAACCCUUCCCAGUUGGCCUCACAUGAAGAAAGACUGGCAAUACAUCUUCCCAUCAAGCUUUAUCCAGCCACAUAAUGAAUUGUUUUUUUUCCCCAUACUCUUAGUGGUUGUGCUUACAGAUUGCAACACGCUGGGUAUUUGACUUUUUCCUGCGUCAAAGAACAGCAGAAAAUAUCAGCAAAAGAGAAGAUCACCACCCCAUCAGUCCUUGAGGUGGCUCUGAAACCCUUGAAUACACAAAGGGUCAGAGGGGGAGGUGCUGAGAAAUUCUGGCUUUGUGGCCAUGGACCUGAAACUGAAGGGAGAGGGAGCUAUUUUUGUUUAAUUUUAGCUAAAGAACGUGACCCUGUUCAAGGAGACAAGUGGCAGUCCCUUCUCAGGAGCUCAGGCUCGUGCUUAGGUUAUGAGGGAAAAUACCCUCUGGUUUUAGCCAUAGCACAUAGAGCUGGCAAACAUCUAACCAAGAAAAUGCAAGACAAAAAAAAAAGGAGGGAGGGAAGACUGCGACUGAGAAAUGGAGAGGAAAACAUCAAAGGGCAUCAGAUUUAAAGGAAGUUCCUUUCUCUUCACUUGUUUUCUUUCUAUUUUCAGAUGGUAGAAAGAAAGUUUGCUAUUUGUAUCACUUGGUACUCUGGCCAUGACCAUCAUUCAUUUCCUCUGCUCCAACUACAUGGUUAGGAGGAGGAGGAGGAGGAGGACGACAACGACUUUUGUAUUUAAGGGCUUUUUUUUGCAGUGUUGGUAUUUGUGUGCUGAGGAGUUUGCCAAUUUGGUCCUCACACCCUUGCCAUUUGUGGUGGCAAACAUGGUGAAACGUCAUCAUGGGGCUAGUAAAGGGGUGGAAGGUAAGAAAUCCUGAACUCACACCUAUUUGUCCCACAGUGAAAUUUCACAGAGAAGUUUUUGCCUUUGACAAUAAUUGGUAACUGACACCUGCAGAGACCAAGAAAUAAUCCAGAUUGCAAAAUAUUUUUUAAGCUAUGUUUCCUUACUGGUGUUGUGAAUGUUGGGAAUUUUCUUUCACCACAGAACUAUGGCAUGUGACCCCCCCCCCCAUCCCCUUUCAGAGUCCACUUCCUCCAUCACAUCCUUAAUGAAGGAUAACUUUGCCAAGGAAGACCCACACAGACACACCAGUAAGAAUAAAAGUAGUCUUUGGAUGCACAGCAAGCCCUUAGCAUAGUGAACUUUUCAGAUAAGAUCUAAAUGGCUUAGAGUGUGGUAGGGCAACUGCCAAGAGCUGGAGUGUAUGACCAAAGAGACUUGCAAUAUUGAAUUUGAGGUGUCCUUAGUAUCUUGGGGGCCAAUUUGUUAGAAAGAGACUUCUACAGCAACUGUAGGAAAUGGAUUCCCUCCUGUCUUGCAGAGAGAUCCAUAUCCCAUCUAUACUGAUAGUUCAGUCGUGUUUUACCUACACUCCAUAUGGCUUCCAUUUUUGGAAGCGUGGCUAUCAAGGAGAAUUUCACUCUUUUCACCUCCCUCAGCCCCUGAAUUUCCAGUGUAGGAUUUGCCAACUGCCACAUAGCCCUACUUUCUGCCCACUCCCUAAAAGGAAAUUGGAAAAGGGAGAAAGAUUUUAAGGAACCCCUUAACCACUGGGUAAUGGGCCUUUUCUCAAAUGAUGUGACUAAACAGGGCCCUCCCCUGCCAUCAACUUGCUACAAAUCUGUACAAGCCAGACCCUUCUGCAAACAGAAGGGGGACAAUGCUGCUUGGGUGGGACAGAUGGCAGCUCUGUAAGCCAAUAAGGAAACCUUUUUGCAGUUAAAGUCUCAAAUCUUGUGAGGACUAUCCAUUGAGGAAACACUAUUAGGGCCACCUGCAUAAACACUAAGUAACUGCAACCACCCCCGAUCUCAGAUAAAUACGGAGCAUGCAUUCUUCAUGAUUUCUCCUAUAUGACUGCAACCAUGUGCAAAUCCAGAAUGCAUUUUUUUAAAUGAAUUCUAGUCUGUUUUUAUUGAUGGCUUUUUUUAAAAAAAAAAAAAAAAAAAAAAAAAAGGUGUGGGGUUAAGGGACUGAAUCAAAUGAAUGUAAAAAAACAAAAAACAAAUGCCUAGUCUCAGGGCCAGUGAGUUGCAAAUAAUUUUUAAAAAUGCCUGUAAUUACAUCAUCUCAAUAAAAAAAAUUUUUAAUAUAAAAA